AGGCGCAGACCGAGGCAGAGCGCACACAAAAGCGCUGCUCGCUCAUUGGCUGCGGCCGUGCGCGCUCUGUUGUCCCCCAGCGAGAGCAGCUCAGCCUCCAUUCACAUGCUAAUAAGCCCUUUUAAAUACUAUCAACAGCCACUCAGCGCCGGCAGCACGUCUCAAUAGGAUUGCAUAAUAAACUCUUUCUCUCUUACUCUCUCGUGUGAGAGUUUGUUGAUUUUCUUCUUGCUGUAACAGACUCCGUGGACCAGCUGCUUGUGCGUGAACACUGCAGGAGAAGAGAAGAGGACACUCCGCGGAGGGACAAGCCUCACAAGCGGCGAUCCAACCCAACAUGGCUCCCGCGGCUCGGCCCAGCAGCACGGGACCCAUCAUGGACGACGACGACGACGACGAGUCCUACUGUGGGAUCCAGAAAGCGGACAGGAAGACCAGGAAACCUCUGGUGGAGAAGAAGAGGCGAGCGCGCAUCAACGAGAGUCUGCAGGAGCUGAGGACUCUGCUGGCAGACACUGACUUCCACUCUAAAAUGGAGAAUGCAGAAGUGCUGGAGAUGACGGUGAAGAAGGUGGAGGACAUCCUGAAGAACAGGAGCCAAGAAUCAGACACACUGAACCAUGAAGCCAGUGAGAGAUUUGCCGCUGGCUACAUCCAGUGCAUGCAUGAGGUGCACAUGUUUGUGUCCAGCUGUCCUGGGAUUGAUGCCACGGUGGCAGCAGAGCUGCUCAACCACCUGCUGGAGUGUAUGCCUCUGAAUGAAGACCACCUCCAGGACGUGCUGAUGGAUUUAAUCACAGACACACCCCCUGGGAGUAAUGGCAGCACUUGGCACGGAGGAGGCGGCUCAGUCUGCGCCAGUCUGGCCUCACCCGGGGGAAGGAGCCCCUCCUCGGCUCUCUCCCCCGCCCCCUCUGCCACGUCCAGCGAGGACCUGUGCUCUGACCUGGACGACACUGACAGCGAGCACAACCAGAGUUCUACAGAGAGCCUGGAGGGCAGGGAGGCCCUGGGAACAUCCACCAUCACCUACCCUCAGUCCAUGUGGAGACCCUGGUAGAAGGCCAGGUUGGAUCUGCAUAGGAUACAUCAAAGCAGAGGUUGUAGGUGUUCUCUGAAGCUGAGGCACUGGGAGCUGCUGCUGAAGAAACAUGCAGGAAAAGUCCACCUUAAGAACUCUUCCAAACCACAUUCAUGGAUUUCCUUCCUGAUUCAAUUAACUGAAUCUGUUCAAUAAGCAACUGGUUCAGACCUGGUAUGGACUUCUGAUCGAUCGAGCCUCCAAUCCCGAAAACACAAUUCAAGGACAUGUGUCCACACUGGAGCGCACCUCCCUCACUGACAUCCUCAGUCCUCAUAUAUGGAUUUGUUUGUUUGUUUUUGUAACUUGAUGUUGCAGCAGUGUGAGCAGGAGUUUUUACAACACAUUUGAAUGCCUUUAGUGAACGUAUGUACGUAUUCACAUGAGCAGGAUGGCUGAGGACGGAGGUCAGUACCAGGUCUGCAGGUCUGAAGAGAGGAAAAUGGAAUACAACAAUACAAC